AUGCGGAAGAGAGUCACGUUCAGUUGGCUUGCGAAGUGGCUCGCGUUUAAAAAAUCCAAAUAAUAAGAAAAAUAUCUUAAACUUACAACAGUGAUUGAAAAUAUAUAACUACAUUUUUUUCGAGUGAUUACCCAGUGAAACAAAGGCAAUUUAAUUAACACCUAUCGUUAAAGAUAGAAAAUAAAGAUAGACAUUAAAGAUGCGGCCUUUUGGCAACGAUAUAACAAACAUCCCUACCAAUAAUGGUGGUAAUGGUAAUAAUGGCAACAACGAUCCCAACGAUGGUAAUGACAACCGGAAUAAUGGCAACCGUAGCAGCAACCUCUCCAGUGAUGAUACAGAGGAAUCUGGGAUAUCGGAUGAUCCGAGUAUACCACCCCAUAUAGCGAGGAUCGGUGGUAUAGGAACCUUUCCACCGAUCGCCGGACAGGGUGUCAUCCGGGUGGUUCAGCGGUGUGAGGAUGCCAAGGAGAACCAUAAGCUGGAUCUUUCGAGCUGUGAACUAAUGCAGAUACCAGAUGCAGUCUAUCAUUUAAUGCGAAACACAGAGCUGGUUACCUGCAAUCUCAGUGGCAACGUGCUCAAAAGCGUUUCACCAAAGUUUUCGCAAAAGUUCAGCACCAUCACAGAUCUUAAUCUUUCACACAACAAACUCUCGAGGCUGCCAGAAGAAUUCGCCAGCUUGACCGCAUUGACCAAGCUGAAUAUCUCAAACAACUCCUUCAUCGUCCUACCACAAGUAGUCUUUAAGCUUCAGAGUCUUGCCAGUCUGGAUGCCCAGCACAAUGCCAUAUUGGAAAUCGAUACGGAUGAGGCUAUAGCCAGUGACUGUUUGGCCCUGGUCGAUCUUCGUAAUAACCCGCUGAGCAGAAACUGCAGACGCAAGCUGCAGGACUUCAAGACCUCCUUCCGCCUUGAGAUCUCCAAGGAUGUCGAAGAAGACUGGUAAUCAGAUGGACGUCCAUCCCAUUUCCAACACACCAAGAACAAAUCUCUCGUUAUCUCGGAAGAGAGCGCCCUAAACGGCCCUCCUUCAUCUUAUUUAUUCUGUUUAUAAAUUUAUAUAUUUAUCAAAAAACACUCAAUUGUUAUGAA